AUGUCAACGCAACACAGCCCACCGAGUUCACGUGCCGCACCGAUCGGAACAGGAACGGAAGAGCUGGACAUUUCCGGAGGCUCAGGGGAACCCCCCCAGGGAAUCAACGCCGCAAGACUCCUCCCAGAGUCUAUUCGCACGGUCCUUGCAAUAGGCGGAAUAGACGAUUUUGCAACGUUAGCACAGCAAGCUGAUAAAGCCAUGGAAGUAAUGAAACCCAAUAUUGCAGCCAUAAGCAAUCCAACCACCAUGGCAGCACAUAACUCAAUAUCGAUUGAACAACAAAUCUCAGAACUACGACGAGAUGUUGAAGCGUUAACUAAAGGAUUCCGACGAGGCCGACAAAUAAAUAAAGGCAAAGAAAUCAACGACAUCGAUCAUUUAGCAGAAACCGUCAACAUAAGCAAGAAUCAGGCAAUUGUUAUUUUCACGCAAAAUUUGGCAAAGAUGCACCAUGUAAAUACAGGAGUAAUCCUUUAUGCCGCUAACGGGGCAGCAAUAACGACAUACGAUCAAAAGAUCACCGAUGUCGAUCUUGGACUCAGACGUAAGUUCCAAUGGCCUUUCAUUAUCGCUAAUGUUACUCACGCAAUUUUAGGAGCUGACUUUUUAAAACAUUUUAAUCUCCUUGUCGAUCUUCGAGGCCGCUGCGUCAUAGACGGAGAAACUCAGCUCAAGUCUACCGGCCGUUUAACUACCACAUCAACACCAACGAUAACCACCAUCAUACGCAAAGGCGAUUACAGAGAUCUACUCGACGAAUUUAUCGACAUCACUCGUCCCACUCAUAGAAAGGACGCAAAGCAUCAAGUGCAACAUCACAUUGAAACACAAGGUCCACCAAUUGCAGAACCUGCACGACGGCUUACGACAAAAAAACUUAAAGCAGCACGCGCGGAAUUCGAUUAUAUGCUAACCGAAGUGUUUACAACUUUGGAUCUCACAAGAGCCUAUCAUCAAAUCCCCGUAGCUCCAGAAGACCAACCCAAAACAGCUGUUAUAACUCCAUUCGGCUUAUAUGAAUUCAACGUCAUGACCUUUGAUUUUCCUAAACCGAAAAGAAUUGAUGAACUAAGAAGAUUCCUCGGCUUACUAAAUUACUAUCGAUGGUUUAUGAAAAACGCAGCACAAGACCAAUUACUACUCAGCAAUCUUCUUAUCGGUGCCAGAAAACGCGACAAACGACUAAUCAACUGGACACCUGAAACAAGCACAGCAUUUGAACAUUGCAAGAAACAACUAGCCGAUGCAACUCUUCUCGCGCAUCCCAUCGAAAACGCACACCUAAUACUACGAACAGACGCAUCAGAUUCAGCAUUAGGAGUUUCUCUAGAGCAAAAUAAUAAAGGUAGACAAGUCACAAUAUUAACGGACCACAAGCCCUUGACAUACGCCUUUCAGCAGAAAGCAAGCAAAGCAUUACCCAGACAGCUACGCCAGUUGGAUUUUAUCGGACAACUAACAACUGAUAUUACAUACAUCUCCGGUAGUGACAACACCGUCGCAGAUACGCUGUCACGAGUAAGUACCAUCGACACUCCAAGAAUCGUCUCAACUGACGAACUUGCGGAAGAGCAAAACUCAGAUGAAGAAUUACAGCAAAUACUAAACUCAGAAACAAGCCUCAAACUACGAAAAUUACAGCUCACAGAUUCUAACAUCACAUUAUUUUGCGACAUAUCUGGAGAAGAUGUACGACCUUACGUGCCACUCAACUUAAGGAAACAAAUCUUUAACGCAACACAUAGUUUAUCACAUCCUAGCGGUCGAGCUACUAAGAUAUUAAUCGGACGUCAUUUUGUUUGGCUAAGCAUGAAUCGCGAUAUAAAAGAAUGA